GUCAACUUUUUCCUCCAUCUAGGCCUCACCGCUAUCAAAUUCAAAUCGAGAUCAAGCAAGAGAAAUAAGAGUCGGCCAACAACCAAGCGAGAUUUGGUUUCUGGCCUUGGCUGACUGAUCUGCCCAGCUGAAGGAGGAAUCAAUUUGUAAAUUUCGGACAACUUUCUGAAGAUCAAGUUAUCAUUUUUCAAUUUUGGACCGCUUUCUGGAAGUUGAGAUGAGAGCAGGAGUGACUUGAAAACCUAUGUUCAAGUGUGAUGAUACAAGUGUGACUGGGAUUUACCAUCGGGUUGCGGCCAAUGUACGAUGUCCAUACCAAACAACUUCUUCAACCUUCACCAGCCUAGCCCUCAGACCAAGCAAGGGUUUGAAUUCCUAAAAUCUAUGAAGUGACUUGAAGUUGGUGACAUUGGAUGAUUUUAACAUGAACAUGAAUAUCUCGAGCAGUGUGAGGGAUUGCUGGGGUCUCUUUACUCACGAAGCAGUAAUGAGUGCCCUGUUAAGAGAUAUAUCAUCAACAUCAUCAUCAUCAACAACAACUGAGCAAUCGCUGACAUCUGCUGCAACUCAGAGUUUCACUUGUUUGCUUCUCAAUGAUCUUCACUCUCCCAUAACAAUUGAUGAUGUCAGGAAACAAGCGCAGUCGAUAAGGGACACUCAUGUGGACAGGUCAUGUAAACGUAGCUGUAGUGAUUUAGAACAAACCAAGCACAAUUCUAUGUUGUUAGAUACCCUAGACUUGUCUAAGCCUUCGAACAAUGCAGGAGUUGUAUAUGGAGAAGUUACUGAAGUCAAGUGCUUAGAAAGUGACUGCUUCGAUUGCCAGAUCAAUGCACCUACAAAAGCUAGAGCGUCUAUGCUAGAUUUCAUUCAAAGUUUGGAAAAAUCAACAAUUGUUAAACAUCGAUUAGAUCAUGCUUUAGGCUCAAAUGGAAUGAUCAAGUUAGUUCAGAAUCUGAAGGAUACCAAAAUCACUUCUCUAAAUCUUCGAAAUAAUUGGAUAGAUUCUGAUUCGCUUAUUAAUUUGAUUCAAUACUUACCCAGCACACAAAUCAAAGCACUUGAUUUGAGUGAAAAUUUUAUCGGCCGCAUAGGUUUCGAGUAUUUGUCUAAAGUUCUGACAGAAACACAAAUAUCUUUACUGAAUGUGAGUAAAAAUGAAUCAUUUUAUCUACACGCAUCGGCUUCAUUUAUUUGUGAUAAAUGCUCAAUGAAUAAAAAAAGCUCAAUGAAUAAAAAAUGUGAAGAUCAAAUUCUAAGUUGUAGUGUGUGUCAAGCUGCUGAAAUUUUUGAAAACUCGGCCACAAGAUCUCAUCUUGAUCUUAGUUUUUCCGUAAAUGAAAACCUCAAUUGUUUAGCAUCAAUUUUGAAAAACUCCAACAUAGAACUAAUAAAUUUAUAUCUUCGGAAAUAAAUCGUGGAACCUUCGGACUAUUUGCAGCAAAUUUGAUAGAUUCAAGUGUUACUACCCUCAAUAUGUCUGGCUGUAAAAUAGGUAACAAAGGAGUCAAGAUUUUGGCUUCCGUACUAGAAAACACAAACAUACUCUCACUUAAUCUUAGUGAUAACAAUAUGAACAGCAAUGGCUUGGAAGUAUUUGCUACAUGUUUAACUAAAUCACAGAUCACCUCUUUGAAUCUAUCCCGUAAUCGAUUUAAUAUUCAUGGUAUGAAUAGCCUUGCAACUGUCCUGCCAAACACAAAAAUAACUUCACUUAGUUUGAAUUUUUGCGGUCUUGGUAAUAGAAGUUGGAAGAUAUUAUCGGAAUGUUUAGCUCGUACCAAAAUAACUUCCCUUGUUUCGUGGAUAAUGUUCCAAAUAAUGCUGUCGAUAUAGAAUCAUUAGCUAUUGAAGUGAAAAAAUCACUAAUAAGCUCAAUCAAUCUUGGUUACAAAAAAAAUAAUUCGAAUAAUAAUGGUGAUACUAUUGUUAAGCUACUCUCAUUUUGUAUGGUGGGCUCACAACUAACUUCUAUAAGUUUAAGUUAUUGUUCAAUAGACUGCUAUCGUAUGCAGAAUUUAGUUAUUGCUCUGAAAAGUUCAAGUAUUACAUCAGUGAAGCUUGUAGCCACCUCCAUGACCAGUGAAGUUAUGAAAAUAUUUGUAUCGUGUUUGAUCAACUCCAAAAUCACUAAUUUGCAAUUGAGUAAUUUAGCCAAACUAGACGUUGGUGCUUUGAAAUGUUUGUCACUGGCUUUGAGAAAUACACAAAUCUCUUCGCUUAACCUCCGUUAUAAUAAAUUGGACUGUCAGAGUUUGAAGGUUUUGGCACCAUGUUUGGAAGAUUCAAAAUUAACAUAUCUCGAUCUCGCUUAUAAUGGAAUAGAUUACGAAAAUGAAAUUAGAAAAAUUGAGAGAAGUGAUGUGGGUGUUAAAUGUCUGGCAAUGGCUCUGAAAAAGUCAGAAAUAACAAGUUUGAAUCUUGCUAGUAAUGGUUUAUCAUGCAAAAGCUUGAUGAGUAUCAUACUGAGUUUGCCAUAUACAAAAGUUACCACACUCAAUCUCAACGGUAAUGACAUUUGUUGUAAUGUGUUUUACUUGGCUGAUAUCAUAAAAAGUACUCAAAUUAAUUAUCUAGAUGUUGGGAUGAUGAAUGCGAGGAAAGCAUUAUCUAUGUUAUAUGAUAGCCAUUCUAAGACGAAAACCCAUCUCAAUCUAUCAUACCUUAUGCGAUGCUCAUUUUCUUUGUAUUAUCUUUCACAUGUAGAACUGUUGCACACAAAAAAUAUCACCCACCUCGAACUUAAACAAAAUCAGAUUUCGUGUUGUGGGGAACUGAAAGACAUUUGUGAGUGUAUAUCAGGUUCUCAAAUCGUUUCACUAGAUCUCAGUGAAAACAAAAUCAAUAGUGUUUAUCAUUUAGCAGAAUUGCUUCAGCAUUCUUCAAUUUCGACAUUGAAUUUAUCAUAUAAUCAAAUCUCUUCCGAUGGUAUUAAGCAUUUGUCCCUAAGGCUACCAGGAUCCAAGGUCAUAUCACUUGAUCUAUCCUAUAACCUAAUUACAGAUGAGAGCAUUGAAUACCUUUCUGAUAGUCUUGUGAAUACAAAAAUUACUGAUCUAAAUCUCAGUGGAAAUCAGAUUGGACGUCAAGCUGUAGAAAACUUGAGUGAACGAGUUGCUCACAUCAUUGUUCAAUUUCAAUUGCAAAGUGAUGACCCUCAAAAUCACUUUUAUUUGUGCAAGUAUCCAGAUUGUAUUAUUGAAGUCUAUCGAACGUCCUCUGAAGUAAAUAUCCAUCAUUUGAUUGAUUAUGUAGGUAAUAAAAUUGAAAUGACGAAGGUGUUCAUCCGAUCCAAAAAGGUCAAUGAUCAUGUUGACUCCAAUCUAGCUAACAUGACUCAUUUCAGUAACAUCAACAUCAGUGAAAUCGAAAUGGUUCAACAUUCUAGCUUUCCAUACUUUAUAUUCAAAAAUAUUUCUCAAUUGAAGUUGAAUGGAACACGUACUGAAAAUGCACCUGGUGGAAAUGGAGAGAAAAUUAUUGAAUUACGGCUUCAAAAUAUACAGAACCUCAAAUUAAAAGAUCUUCAAGAACUCCGUUUCAGCAAUAUCAUGUAUCUUGAUCUAAGUAAUAAUAAUAUGGAAGAUGACCAACUCGAAUGUCUUGUUGCAGCUUUGAAGUCAAACAGCAUGAAUCAAAGCAAUAAAAAUUAUUUGAUGUCUUUGAAUUUGUCCAAUAACAAAUUGGAAGCGAGAAGUGCUGAAUUGCUUGCAGAAGUCCUUCAAUAUUUACCAACAUUAACCUACAUCGAUCUGCAUGGAAACGAAAUAGGAUAUGCAGGAUUCCAAUCUCUUAUGAAAGUAGUUGACAAAACUAACCUGUGUUGGCUUUCGCUGGGAGACAAUAAUAUCGAAGACCAUUUGGAAGGAAACAUUGAACUAUCUCCUUACAUUGUGCCCCGGAAAGGUGAUGAAAUGCCAGUUGCAUUCCAAUUGAGGUACUUAUUCAGACAGCUGGUGUCAUUGAACACAUGCAGUGGUGAACUGGAAUUCACAAUUCCCACAACCGACUCAAACCCUCCUGUCAAUAUCACCCACUACCCCAAGCUGCUCAAGAUCUAUUCCGAAUUUGAAAAUGAUGUGGACUAUCUCAACGUUGAUGUUUAUGACAUCUAUUACAUGAAAAGUAAAAAACAUGACAUGUGCCUUCUGCAGAGAAUAGAAAAAUUCGUGCAUGAAAUUGAAAAAAGGUUUCUAUCGUUCAUUGACAACAACUUACCGAAACUCGAACAGGCAUUUGGCUAUGAUAGCUUUGUUGCUCUUGUCAAGGAAUGUGACCGCCUUGGGUUAACCAAAUGUGUUGAAUCUCUAUUACUCCAUCGAGUCUGUUACUAUGUGGAUGAUGCUGGAGAGAUAUUGCAUCCAUUCAUUUAUAGAAUGCUGCACAAAUACAGUAUGCCUUUAUAUUGUAAACAAAUCGAACCAAAUAAGAGGGAGCAAAUAAUUGCUUACUACCAGACUCAUUCAGAAAUAGAAGGAGCUCACACACUGAUUGAUCUGUUGACUUCUAUGUUUAUGUCUAAUGAAGAAAGUUGAAUGCAAUUCUUGCAUUGGCUCAAAAAUAAAUUGUGAUGAUUAGAUGAAUUUAGUGUAUUAUUUUAUAAGAAAAUAAUUGUCAUUAAGAGCAUUCCUGAAUGAAGAUGAUUUUAGUGAUUAAAUUUUUAUUUAUUAGACAUUUAGUGUAGGCUAUUGGAUAAUGAUUCUGUUUACGAUACUACUGAAUUUUAUAACCAUUUAAAAAAAUACCUUUAUAUUCAAUUAUUCAGAAAUUUCUACUUGAAAUAAUUAUAUGAUAGUGUUUGGUAUUAGUUAUCCUCAUUCAAUAUUGCUAUCAGAUAAUUUAAUUUAUUCUUAUACAAGCUUCAGAAGAACAAUUAAUCAAUUUGAGUAUCAGAUUAAAUUCUCCAGAUGGAAACAAAUUGGAAAUUGCAUUUGUUCAAAUGCUAAUCAAUAAAUAAUUAUUAUUAAACGAAAAUCUCAAUGAAAUGCAGUAAAUCACCCCGAAGACUUCUGCUACUGCAAAUAUUGACA